AUGCGGGCGGCCGGUCUGUUCGCUACUAUUGCUCUUUUCGGCGGAAGCAGGAUAGUAGCGGAAGCAAUCCAUUGUUACAACCACCCACUCGAAGGAACUCCUAGCGCAGACAUUGCUACGACGCCGGAUGAGGCUCUUAAGAGUUCCAUUACCACGCUAUGCUAUCAAGCCUUCGAACCAUGGCAUGAAGAAACUCUCCAGUAUCAGUCUGGCAACAUGACGUUGCAUAUCACUCCGGAAGAAGGGUAUGUGCUUGGGACUUGCUUGGCCAUAUUUGAUGCUAUCAUCGCGGAAUGCAUCCUCAAGGAGAGGGUCAGUCGUGGCGAGGCCGAACUUGAUGGAGUUGUCUACCAAGUAUACGACUCGCGCAUUACUGAUUAG